GCUGGGACCCUCGAGACUCCGCAGCAAGGGCCACCCCCGACGGAGCCACAGGCACAGCUGAGUCAGCGACCCGCCGACGGCCUGCUGAGCGCCGGACAGGUGGGGACCGGGGCUGGGCUUCGGGGCGAGCGUCAGGCGCCGGGCGGAGCGAGGGGUGCGGGUCGGCCCCACGGAGCCCACCCCUCCCCGCAGCGCCGCCUUCGUCGAUGCUGGGUGCUGAGUGCCCGAAGCCCUGCAAGGGGAAAUGGCCAACGCCGCCCUUCGACCCGCGCUUCCCCAACCAGAACCAGACCCGCAACUGCUACCAGAACUUCCUGGACUACCAUCGCUGCAUCAAGACCAUGAGCCGCCGAGGGAAGAGCACACAGCCCUGCGAGUACUACUUCCGCGUGUACCACUCGCUGUGCCCCAUCAGCUGGGUGCAGCGCUGGAAAGAGCAGAUCAAGGACGGGACUUUCGCUGGGAAAAUCUAACGGUCUGAGCGCGGCUUCUCCUCCGAAGAAUUGGCCCCAGUGACAUUCCCCGCCCCAUCUUCCCGUCUCCCGGAAAAUGGGCCCCACCGCCCCAAACCUCACCCCCCUCCGCCCCUUCUUUAAGCCUCAAAUAAAGCGGUGUUACUGCUGGUA